AACGACAACGAAACAAUGACCCGACGAAAAGCACUUUCCAACCAACUUGUUAUCGUUUUGGCUAUAUGCGCCUCCAGCGUCUGUUUCUUUUUCGCAGGCCCGAUACUGAUCCCACAUAGUCAGAUAGAAAAGCCAGAGGACGACCUCAUUUCAGCUUCGUCUGCAUGCAAAUCUCAAGUGACGCUAAGACGUGCCCCUCCGCGAAAGGUGGUGGGAAGCUAUUAUGACGAUUUUCUGAGGAUCACCGCAAAUAUUAUUGAGGUCUUGGAGAAUAGACGAUCGGGAGUAGCAGUUGCAAGAUAUGGAGAUGGUGAAAGGGAACUGAUGCUAGGAGGCACCAUUAAACCAGCUACACAGGCUGGGCAGGUUGACAAGUGGUCAUGGGAGAAGCCGGGCAUCUCCUUUCUUGGUCGAGAUCUGCUGGACACCUUGUCCUCUCACUAUGAUGAGCCAUACUACUAUGGGUUCGCUGCUCCUGUCCAAGAUGCGAGCGGACUGAGAUUUUUCAUCAAUGCCACAGAACAGCACUUGGAUUACAUCACGUUUGCGAACAUAUGGGUGAAUGACAACUACAAACAUACAAAAGAAUUCAUCAAAAAGAUUGCAGAACAAUACGCUGGCCGUAUCGUCAUUAUCGCAAAUCAUAUUACAAAGGACAGAAGCUUGGUGCCAAGUUGGGCUUCAGAGUUUUUCUCAACUCCAGACGAUUGCGUUGCCUUCUGGGAACAGAAUCGUGACGAGCAUCUCGCAAAAAUUGAGGCUCUCGGCCGCAGACAUACACGUAAAUUGUUUAUGAUAUCAGCUGGCCCUAUGGCUAAAGUAUAUGUGCAUAAGCUCUGGAACGUGAAUCCGCACAAUGCUAUAAUUGACUUUGGAUCAAGUUUGGACGAAAUACUCAAGGGAGAAACGACACGACCCUACCAAUCCGCCAGUGCAAAUGAAGUGGACCCAAGUUGGCAGCUUAUACCGCAAACUAUAUAGAAAUGUAAAAUAUUGAUAUUUUCGGAUAUAUGAUAAAAUGACGGUAUUAUAUGAAUCAAACAUCAUGCAGCAGAAG